UGGCACGAAGGAAGCGCUUUUUACAUCAACGGCUGGGUCUUCUUCAAAACCACUUGGUCGUAUUCCGUGAAUUUCCAUUGAUCGAUCCAUCGCGAGAAUGCAAAGCGCCAGAGGUGGAAUCCUUAGGCUGGUAGUGCGGCGCAUCUCUACUCCAUCCGCGGCGGCGCCGCUCGCUUCAUCGAAGAUCGCCGCUGUUCUCCCAGGCAGGGUUUUCCAGUUGUUCGAUCUUGGAGGUGGCGCUAGGGAUUACGGAUCUGUCGCAGCAGCGGUGAAAAGCGAGGAGGCCGAGGCCGAUCUCCAAUGCCAGGGGCAGCCGCCGGAAAAGAAAGAUGAGAAGAAGGACGUGGUGAUCUCCGACUACUGGGGAAUCCUCCCCAAGAAGCUCGUCGACGAGCAAGGCAAGCCAUGGCCGUGGAAUUCCUUCAGGCCGACCGAAGCGUAUGCUCCAGAUUUGACCAUCGAUCUCAAGAAGCACCACAAUCCCGUGUCGGUGGUCGAUAAGCUUGCGUACUGGACUGUUAAGACGCUGCGUAUUCCAACAGAUAUCUUCUUCCAGAGGAGGUAUGGAUGCCGGGCUAUGAUGCUGGAGACUGUGGCUGGAGUUCCCGGGAUGGUGGGUGGCAUGCUCUUGCACUGCAAAUCCUUGCGCCGAUUCGAGCACAGUGGGGGAUGGAUCAAAGCUCUGCUCGAGGAGGCCGAGAACGAGCGGAUGCAUCUCAUGACUUUCAUGGAGGUUGUCCAGCCCAAGUGGUACGAGCGGGCGUUGGUGUUUACGGUCCAGGGGGUGUUCUUCAAUGCCUACUUCCUGUGCUACGUGCUUUUCCCUCGAUUGGCACACCGGAUAGUGGGCUAUCUGGAAGAAGAAGCGAUCCAUUCCUACACUGAGUACCUCAAGGAGAUCGACAAGGGAACCAUCCCCAACGCUCCCGCUCCCGCCAUCGCGAUUGACUACUGGCGCCUUCCAAAGGAUGCAAAGAUGCGUGACGUUGUGGAAGUUGUCCGAGCUGAUGAGGCGCACCACCGAGACGUAAAUCACUUUGCAGCUGAUAUUCACAAGGCUGGCAAGGAACUGCGCUCGGCCGCUGCUCCUUUGAGCUACCACUGAUAAGAUCCCUGAGCAAGCAUGCAGAAGGAAUACGAAGAGUUUACAAUAAAAAAGAGGAGGUAAAUACAUACAUGCUGCCUUUCUAACAGGUGGCAAAUCUAUGUCUUACUUAUAGCAGCAGCUUUCUCUUUCGUUAAACUACGUGAAAGCCAAGAACAGUCGAUUCGCGUCGAGGGUCAAAACAAAAUAAAUCCCUCUGCGACGUCGACAAAUCUUUGCAUUCAAUAAGAAGGCUUUUCAUGUGGCAAGAAAAACCAGAGGUCACGAAGAUUCAAGAGCUCGCGACUUGAGUGGCCUGAUCACAGUCUGGUCACAACGGAAGGGUGUCCGUGAUUCAUCUGAAA